AUGUACCAUGAUAUCAGAGAGAUUUAUUGGUUGAAUGGUAUGAAGAAGGAUAUAGCAGAGUUCGUGGCUCAAUGCCCUAAUUGUCAGAAAGUAAAGGUGGAGCACCAGAAGCCUGGUAGAUUGUUGCGGGAUAUAAAGAUUCCAACUUGGAAAAGAGAGGCGAUUAAUAUGAAUUUCGUUAUAGUCUUACCUCGUUCUCAGUGCAGUUACCGUUACAGUAUCCAGAUGGUCCUGUAUGAGUCCCUAUAUGGGCGGAAGCUCAGAUCUCCUAUCGGAUGGUUCGAGUUCAGAGAAUCAAGAUUGAUAUGGCUUGAUUUGGUCCAACAGGCAUUGGAGAAGGUUAAGCUCAUUCAGGAGAGGUUACUAGCAGCUCAGAGGAGCUAG